AUGGAGGGUGCUGGGAUGGAAGAGAAUAAUAUCAAUGAUAACAGUAAUAAGUCUGAGGCGCAUUUGACUUCCGCCGCUGCUUUUGUCGAGGGUGGAAUUCAGGACGCUUGUGAUGAUGCUUGCAGCAUAUGCCUUGAAGCCUUCUGUGACAGUGAUCCUUCCACGGUUACCAGUUGCAAGCAUGAGUUUCAUCUUCAGUGCAUUCUCGAAUGGUGUCAAAGAAGCUCCCAGUGCCCCAUGUGUUGGCAACCUAUCAGUCUCAAAGAUCCAACAAGCCAAGAAUUACUUGAGGCAGUGGAAAGAGAGCGAAACUUUAGGAUCAAUCCACCUAGGAAUGCCACAAUAUUUCAUCAUCCAACACUGGGGGAUUUCGAAUUACAGCAUUUGCCAGUUGGAGCUAGUGAUGCUGAUCUUGAAGAGCGAAUCAUUCAACACUUAGCUGCUGCAGCUGCAAUGGGAAGGGCACGCCAUAUUGCUAGAAGAGAAGGUCAGAGAAACAGGUCAUCGGCACAAGGUCGCCCACAUUUUUUAGUUUUUUCAACUCACCCUAAUUCACCUCCCAUGGCUCCUACUUCUUCCUCUCCAUCUCAGAGGGGAGAUGAUGAACCAACUCCUACAAUUGCUGUUACCAAUCUGUCUCCAACUCCUGCAACUGGAGAAGAAUCAUCACAACUGACUUUAGUUGCUCCUAUUCAAGCUGAGCAGGUUUCUGCUUCAGGAUCUGGAUCUACUGCUCUUGCUACAGAUCAUCAGGGAUCAUCUUACAACAAUAGGAGAUCUCCUAAUCAGUCAUCUCCAAGUAGUCAAGACAGAGCAGGGCCAUCAGAAUUCCAGUCAUUUUCAGAGUCUCUGAAAUCUAAACUGAAUGCUGUGUCAACAAGAUACAAGGAGUCAAUUUCCAAGAGCACAAAAGGUUGGAAGGAGAGAUGGUUCUCUCGUAACAAUGCUAUGUCUGAUAUUGGAUCUGAUGUUAGGCGAGAAGUUAAUGCAGGGAUUGCAACUGUAUCGCGCAUGAUGGAACGUCUGGAGACCAGAGACAGUAAUAGAAGCAAUAGCAAUUCAGCUCCAAGUAAUUUAGAGGAUGGAUCAGUUCAAGGACCUAAUGAUCAGCGUUCAACUGGCACUGAAAGGGGCGGUCUUUUGGGAGACAAUAACACAAAAGCUUCUUGUGCUGCAGGUUCUAGUUCGAAUUAA